AUGGCCACCACCGCGCAGUACCUGCCGCGGGGCCCCGGCGGCGGAGCCGGCGGCACCGGGCCGCUCAUGCAUCCCGAUGCCGCGGCAGCGGCGGCAGCGGCGGCGGCCGCCGAGCGGCUGCACGCGGGGGCCGCGUACCGCGAAGUGCAGAAGCUGAUGCACCACGAGUGGCUGGGCGCGGGCGCGGGCCACCCCGUGGGCCUAGCGCACCCCCAGUGGCUACCCACGGGAGGAGGAGGCGGCGGUGACUGGGCCGGCGGCCCGCACCUGGAACACGGCAAGGCGGGCGGUGGCGGCACCGGCCGAGCCGACGACGGCGGCGGCGGCGGCGGUUUCCACGCCCGCUUGGUGCACCAAGGGGCGGCCCACGCGGGCGCGGCAUGGGCACAGAGCGGCACAGCGCACCACCUGGGCCCCGCCAUGUCGCCGUCACCCGGGGCCGGUGGGGGCCACCAACCCCAGCCGCUCGGGCUGUACGCGCAGGCGGCCUACCCCGGUGGCGGCGGCGGCGGCCUGGCCGGGAUGCUGGCGGCGGGAGGUGGCGGCGCGGGACCCGGCCUGCACCACGCGCUGCACGAGGACGGCCACGAGGCACAGCUGGAGCCGUCGCCGCCGCCGCACCUGGGCGCACACGGACACGCACACGGACAUGCACACGCGGGCGGCCUGCACGCGGCGGCGGCGCACCUGCACCCAGGCGCGGGCGGCGGUGGCUCGUCGGUGGGCGAACACUCGGACGAGGAUGCUCCCAGCUCCGACGACCUGGAGCAGUUCGCCAAGCAGUUCAAGCAACGUCGCAUCAAGCUGGGCUUCACCCAGGCCGACGUGGGGCUGGCGCUGGGCACUCUCUACGGUAACGUGUUCUCGCAGACCACCAUCUGCCGCUUCGAGGCCCUGCAGCUGAGCUUCAAGAACAUGUGCAAGCUCAAGCCGCUGCUCAACAAGUGGCUGGAGGAGACCGACUCGUCCAGCGGCAGUCCCACCAACCUGGACAAGAUCGCGGCGCAGGGCCGCAAGCGCAAGAAGCGCACGUCCAUUGAGGUGGGGGUCAAAGGCGCGCUCGAGAGCCACUUUCUCAAGUGUCCCAAGCCCUCUGCGCACGAGAUCACCGGCCUGGCCGACAGCCUACAGCUGGAGAAGGAGGUGGUGCGUGUCUGGUUCUGCAACCGGCGGCAGAAGGAGAAGCGCAUGACCCCCGCGGCCGGCGCGGGCCACCCGCCCAUGGACGACGUUUACGCGCCUGGGGAGCUGGGGCCUGGCGGGGGCGGCGCGUCGCCACCCUCUGCGCCACCGCCACCGCCGCCGGCCGCGCUGCACCACCACCACCACCACACACUGCCUGGCUCAGUGCAGUGA